AUGUUUAAUACAGAAGGAAACAAGACCUAUGGUGGACUGACUGGGAGGGAUAUGGAGGCCAUGACGAUUGGCCUACUGGAGGGCAUUGAUGACAAGUUUCUACAGUAUAGAGUUGAAGGCUCUCGCAUGUUUGGAGACAUUCUGAAGAAAGCCGGCGUCCAUGUCAUCGACCCAAUAGGAUGUGGAAUAUACAUAAAUGGAGCAAAAUGUCUUCCACAUAUCCCAACUUGCCAGUAUCCCGCCUUUGCUCUCCACUGUGCCUUGUAUGUCAUUGGUGGCAUCAUAUGUAGCCAGGUGGAUGACAUCUUGAAGCUUGACGAGAGCAAUGAACGAGAAAAUCCGAAAUCCCAGCAUAUUCUCCGGAUACAGAUACCAAGACGUGUGUACACUCUCGACCACAUGCUGCACAUACGGGACAUAUUUAAGGGAAUCAUUGAAAAACGCGAGUCCAUCUCUGGCAUGCGUGUGAUCGAUUUUACUUCUUCUGAUUUUAGUGCAGUCCUGGAACCUCUCAACGGGAAACUAUUUUCUGAUUGA